UGAAGACGCGCAGAGUGGCACAUCUCCAAUAAACGGCGUGCAUCUGAAACGCUGCUCGCUCACAACUGCGGAUAUUCAGACAUCAAAACCCCCCGAGAAAAUUCUGCGUGAUUUCAACAUUUUUCUCUGUUUAAUCUUCAAGGACUGCACCUUUUUUUUUUCUUUUUUUUUCUUUUUUUUUCUACACACGUCUUAACCAGGCUUCAUCUCUCGCUUUUUGAGUAGUUGGAGAGCCUGCAGAGGCGAGCAUGACAGCACGACAAUGGUGCAAAGGCUGGUUAACAGCAGGAUGAUGCGUUUUUUUUUUUGUUUUUUUUUCUUUUUGCCUUUUUGCGUUUUGACUUUUUAAAGGAAUGGGCUCGUUGCCGGAACAGUCGCCGAGAACGCCAGUGGUUUGUUUUGUGUAUUUAAAUAUACUUUCUGUGUGUGUUAUGGUAAACAUCUGGUGCCUCGUCCACUCCGCUCUUUCCUCACCUUCCUCCUCCCAUCCGCCGCAGCGCAUCUCUAAUUGGAGCGACUCCAAGCAUCUUAAUUGAUGGAGAUCAUCCACACCGGACACUGACCUCGAGUUUUACGCCGUUUACCAGCGCAGUGUAGGCGCAAACACAACGACUCUGCUGUUUGUGGAUGUUAGUAUCCUUUAUCUGCUGCUGUGUUUGUCGUACCCUUCAGUGACAAUGCCGGUGAACGCGCUGCACCGCGGCGGCAGCAGCGGCAUCGGCGGCCCGGGGUCCCUGAGCCCCGCGUCGCUGUCCCGCAGCCUGUCCCGGCUCAGAGAGUACCGGACCCGGACGAGGAUCAUGCUGGCUCUGGGAGUCUCUCAGAUGGUCCUGGGGUGUCUCAUCCUGGCCGUCAGCUUCGCGGCUCUGGCUCUGACCACAUCACCCAGAGUCCGGCACUCGUGUCCCUUCUGGGCAGGUUUCUCUGUGCUGCUCUCUGGACUGAUCGGAGUGGUGUCAUGGAAGAGGCCGCUCUCUCUUGUGAUCACAUUCUUCAUGCUGCUGUCAGCUGUGUGUGUAAUGCUCAACCUGGCGGGCUCCAUCCUCUCCUGCCAGAACGCUCAGCUGGUCAACUCUUUGGAGGACUGUCAGCUGUGUGGAUGUGUUUUCUCCCCUCCUCCCCCCCAGCUAAAGUUUGAUAGCGAUGGAGUGUGUGUAUGCUGCGAGCUGCAGCAUCAGAGUUCGAGCUGCAACAACCUGGGAGAGACGCUGAAGCUGAAUCCACUGAGGGACUGCAACACCAUACGCCUACGUCUCAAGGAGCUGCUGUUCAGCGUAUGUGCCCUUAACGUCAUCUCCACCAUUGUGUGUGCUCUAGCGACUGCCAUGUGCUGUAUGCAGAUGGUCUCGACUGAUGUGCUUCAGAUGUUCAUGCCGCACAGGGCGCGAGCUCUAAAUGCUGACUGUAUGACCCCCCAUGGAACCAUCCUCCACCAAACACUGGACUUUGAUGAGUUUAUUCCUCCCAUUCCCCCACCACCAUACUACCCCCCGGAGUACACCUGCACCCCCUCAAUGGAUGGACAGAGAGGCCUGCACCUGGAUUUUCCCCAUUCUCCCUUCAGCGCCAUCUAUGGCGUGCCCAUCAACAGCCCAGGGACACUGUACCCAACUGACCUGCCGCCUCCAUAUGAGUCUGUGGUGGGCCAGACCCCUGCCAGCCAGGUCACCACCAGCAUAGAGCAGCAGGCCACUGAAUCCAGUAUGUGUGAAAGAAACACGACUGCAGGACUCAGCACUCAGGCCUCGGUGGACAGUGCAUCACUGAUGGUGUCAGAGGUGGCUGAUCCGGACCAGACUUGUUCCUCAGAGGACUUGUGCUCCCUGGAGGUCCAGGGCUCUGACUCCUCUCCCUAUGGCAUGCCCCACACUGCCCCCAUCGACGGAAGUUGCCCCAGCCUGGAACUUUGUACACGUGGCCAUCGUGGCCUGCCUAACACUGAUGCUCGCCCCAGUGAUACAGGUUACAGCGAGUCCUCACACACGCAGGAGUCUCUGGAGCGCUCUCCAGACUGGUCCUCAGAAAACUUUAGCAAUCUGGAGGAUUCCACGGACAACACACAUCCAUGUGAGGAACUCAGAGCUGCAAAUCACAUAUAUGACGAGCUUGCAUCAGCCAAACAUUUACCAGAGGAGCCACCUAAAGCAUCAACACACUCCCUCAUAAAGGCACGAAUGAUGAGCCGGAAGCUCACACUCCCUGUCACUCUCCCCGCGCCACCUCAGCCCUGCUCCCCCACCUCUGUGGCCUCCUCGGGUGGAACUUCAGGCAUCAGCCCUAUGGCUCCUUCUCCUUCCCCUUCUCCUCCUAGCAGGCCACGCGGCCCCAGGCUGUGUUUCAGUGUUUGGUCACCCUCCUCCACAUCGCAACCGCCCUCUACCUCAGCCCAAAGCGGUAACUCGCCCUCAGAGAGGCCUCGGGUGCUCCGAGCAGCCAGGAGGUACCGAAAACUGGCACGCAUAGUCCGUUCCACCAGUGACCCUAUCUCCUGCUCCUCUACGACAGGAAGAGAAAAUUGUGGCUGCGCCUCUGCAAAUAACCCUGCUGCUGAAGAUUCAACUCACACUUCACCAGAGCAAGAGCCAGCAGACGUUACAUCAGGCAUAGUUGGAGCUAAACUCAGUCACACAAGUGUCAGGAAGCAGCAAAAGGAAGGCAGGAAAGUUGACAUCCACCUUAAACCCCGCGCCCUGCACACACACUCCUCCCACGAACGCCCACAAUCCCUGGCUGACUUUAAGAUGUACAAAGACACCAAAGUACUGGUGGCCAAGUUCCUGGAGCAUUCAAGCUGCAGUCUACCUCCUGAAGUCCAGCAAGUUGUCAACAACAUCAAGUGUGUCAUCAAAUCGGAUGAGAAACACAUGGAGGAGGCCAUUUUUAGUGCCAAUGUCAUAGAUCAGGUGAUGACCCAGCGCAUCAUUGGCAGUCCUAGGAAGCGUGGCCAUGAGGAUCUUCACCUUCAGAGCUGCGGUGCUUUGAGUUCGUCCCCUUCCAUGCGCCGUCCAAAACACCUCCCACAUACAACCAGCGGCUCCACCAACCCACUGGACUCCCCCUCCUCUGAACAAAGCCUUGAGUGCAAAGAAACUAUUCUCUGACCACUCUCGCAACAAGGACUUGGGUCAAAACUCUGAGGGCAUUUCAGGGUACUGGUGUUGCAGCCAUGCUGUGCUGUGCAGUAGAUGUCUGUAGAGUAAUGGAUGACUCUUCCAGCAUUGAAAGAUCAUUUAUUUUCAAAGUGCGACUGCAGCACAGGCAAACUGAAAUGGUCGCAUACUGUAUCCCUAGUGCCCUUUGAGACCGUGCCAAGUCAUCAGCAGAAAUGGUAGCAAACUCAAACUGAGCCUGCCAGUGUCUGUAGUGGCUUCUUUCUCAUCAGAAAAACAAAAGAAUGUUUCUCCCUCAGGGGAUCUGAUCUUUUCUACUGAGUUUCAUCUCCUAAAAAAAAGAAACAAACACAGCUGGUAAGUUUGGAUAUGUGACUCAAAGAAAAAGGAUAUUGUGUUAUCAGUAUUCUUCUUGUCCUCAUAAGAAACAGAAAGAAAUAUGUUUGUAUUAAACUGUGAACUGAACGGACUGGUCAUUACUAGCCAUUGUUUGCAGACUUUGUGGAACUGUUACUGAUAGGGUGGUGGUGAAUAUUUUGUGGUGCCGCUGGUUCAAGAACAUCACAGAUGUGGAUUGUUUAACUUACCUCAUUGUGUUACAAUUCUUAUCAGUGUUACAAUAAAAUAUGAGUUUGUA